AUACUGCACGCCCCUGGUUCUUUUCUGGUAUUUGGUCCGGACUGCGUUCUCAUCUGCAGUGAACCGCACCGAGGUACGAACGGAAUCUGACCGAGACCAACCUUUUUGAGCGAACCACGGUGCGGUCGAGUGCGGAUAGUGUUCACACCAGUCCAAACGAACCGAACCGCUCCAAACCAAUUUGCUGUGAAAGCUCACAGAGCCCAACAUACAAAUCAAAUACACACGGUAAGUCCUGAUUUAAUGAUGUGAUAAUACUCAUCAUUAGAUUUCCAGGAAAUAGAAAAUGGUAUGCAGUAUGCGAUAUGUUAUGUAGCUAGCUAGACAUUUACAUUUGUAUUUUUCAUUUCAUAGCAUAAUUUACAGUACGCGCGUAAUGACGACAAACCAUCGUAUCCAAGCGUUGUGCGUAAUGUCCCAUUGAGAAGAACAGCAAAAGAUGGCGAGCUCAAACAAUCCACGUAAAUUUAGCGAGAAAAUCGCUUUACAUAAUCAGAAACAGGCGGAGGAGACUGCGGCUUUCGAAGAAGUGAUGAAAGACCUAAACAUUACUAGAGCUGCACGGUUGCAGUUACAGAAGACCCAGUAUUUGCAACUAGGGCAGAAUCGUGGACAGUACUAUGGAGGCUCACUGCCCAAUGUCAAUCAGAUUGGAAAUAGCAACAUUGACCUGCCUUUUCAGAAUUCCGCUUUGGACACCAGUCGGUCGACCAGGCAUCACGGGCUGGUGGACCGUGUUUACCGCGAUCGGAACCGUAUAACCUCGCCCCAUCGCCGGCCCCUCUCUGUGGACAAACAUGGCCGCCAGAUUGACAGCUGCCCCUAUAGCUCCGUGUACCUCUCACCCCCACCGGAUACCAGUUGGAGGAGGACAAACUCUGACUCAGCACUACACCAGAACACCAUGAACCCUGCGCCCCAGGAUGCGUUUGCAGGGGGAUCACAAGAGCUCCAGCCUAAACGAGUGCUGCUGCUUACAGUGCCUGGGACUGAGGAGUCUGAAUCAGAUGCAGACAAGGAUACACAGUGGGAUAACAAAAAGAAUGACUCAUCAAGAACCAAGUCCUGUGAAGUCCCUGGGAUCAAUAUAUUUCCAUCACCAGAUCAGGAAGUGAACACGUCAUUGAUCCCGGCCACGCUCAAUACGGGAGGCUCCCUGCCUGAUCUGACCAACAUCCAGUUCCCCCCACCGCUGCCCACUCCGCUGGAUCCAGACGACACUGUGGCGUUUCCUUCCCUUAACUCAUCCAACAGCACAGGCAACCUGACCACCAACCUCACCCACCUCGGCAUCAGUGCUGCCAGCCACGGGAUCACUACCACCUCUCAGCCUACCAUGACUGUGGCGGCCCAGCGUAGGCAGCCCACCCUGAUCCCCCUAACCCUUAACGCAGACCCCCAGCCACAGCAGUCCCCGCAGCAGCUCUCUCCCACGCUGUCGCCCCCUCUCAACAUCCAGGCAGUGGCGAUGGAGGCCUUGACUCUGGAGCAACAGCUAUCCCAGUAUGCUUUCUUUAGCCAGCUGACAGUGCAGGCCCAGGCUCAAGUGCUCAAUGACCUGCAGCAGCAGGCCCUGCCCCAGGGCAUCAGGCUGAUCACCCUGGCCACCACCACUGCCCCAACAGCCACCCAGUCCUCCCCGGACAGCCAGAUCCAGACGCCCGCAAGCGUCAACGUCAACUCGUACCGCAAUCAGACAGGCUCUCCGGCCAAUCAGUCUCCAACCUCCCCAGUCUCCAAUCAAGGCUUCUCCCCGGGCUUCUCCCCUGGCGGCUCGCCUCAACACAUUCCAGUGGUGGGCAGUAUAUUUGGGGAUUCGUUCUACGAUCCGCAGAUAGCAUCUCGGCAGACCAAUGCUCUCUCCCACCAGCUCGAGCAGUUCAAUAUGAUUGAAAACCCCAUCAGCUCCAAUAGCCUAUACAACCAGUGCUCCACCCUCAACUACACACAAGCAGCCAUGAUGGGCCUUACAGGGAGCAGCCUGCAUGACUCCCAGCAGUUGGGCUACAGUAGCCAUGGCAACAUCCCUAACAUCAUUCUCACAGAUGUCAGCUUCGACGCGGACUCUCCCUUCCCGUUGGACGAGCUGAAGAUCGACCCUCUCACCCUGGAUGGACUGCACAUGCUCAAUGACCCCGACAUGGUUCUGGCUGACCCUGCCACUGAGGACACGUUCAGGAUGGACAGGUUGUAAUGUAGAAUACUGGCUGUGGCCAACAAAAAAUAACCCUGGUAAGAAAGGGAAACGAGGCAUGGUGGGGGUGAAUCAUCUCCCCAGUUUCAUGGCCAUUCAGCUAUCUGAUCUCACCCUCAAGUCCUUUCAAAUAAUAUGCCAUCAAAAACCAUUGUAGAGAAGGACAUGCAAUGACUUGUUGGGUUUGGGAAGGGCAUUGCUGUCAUUUCCAAUGAGAUUGUUGGUUGGUCAGAGCUUUGCUAGCCUGCUGCGUUUUUAUAUAUAUAUAUAUAUAGUUGAAGUCGGAAGUUUACAUACACUUGGGUUGGAGUCAUUAAAACUCGUUUUUCCAACCAUUCCACAAAUUUCUUGUUAACAAACUAUAGUUUUGGCAAGUCGGUUAGGA